UCCAAGAUGGCUGCGCACCACCGACCCUCCGCAACAAUAGAAGUGUGUAUUUGCAACAGUGUCUGGAGGAUAAAUAUGCAAUUCCUGGAGACACCUGAUCAUCACGGAAAAGUGAGAAAUCUUGCUUCUGAAUGGAACACACCAACUUGCACCUGCAAGCACAGUUCCUGUCAAUGGGGGGCAAGUGUAUGAGAGAGUAUGCUGGCCUGGAUUCAAUCUAUUCUUCAGCAGCCAACAACUUUGAAAACAAGAUCCAAAGAAGACUGUAUGUUUCUGGUGAAUUAAUUGCAACUAUUAGUUGACCAUGAAUCAGGAUCUUGAUGUGAUUGGUCAUUUUUGCAAUUUUAAAAGACAAUGAGAGAUAAUUCAAGAAAAGUUGCAACGUGAACAAAUUAAUUAUCAACACUACUGAAUUAUUAAAAAGCACAAUGCGGGUUAGUUUUUGCCAGAUGCUGCUGACUGGGGCAAUAAUGAUUAAUCUCAUCGUUCUCUACUAUGUCUCCAAAACUCAGCAGCAAAUGCUGAAACACAAAGUCCCAGGGAAGGCUGCCUCCAGGAAACUGGCAGUUUCAAGAGUCACUGGGAUCACUGUAUUAAUACGAGAGUUUGAAGACUUUGAGAAUUGGGUAGUAGGUGUGGUGCAGUCUUUCCUGAAGCAAAGACCAGACCAGCCCAUUGUUGUGGUGGCUGACAAACUACCAUACCCACCACUGGACCUGCCCAAUAAGCAGAACAUACAGGUCGUGCUAUUGAAGGCAUCUCCAGAUCAGCCGUACUAUGUCACCAGGCCUGAAUUCUACAUCAACACUGAGUACACCCUUCUGGUGCCUGACGGGGUGCAAUUGGACUCAACCCAGCAGCUUGACCAUCUUCUUCAGGAGUUUGAGGCCAACAAAGGAAAGAUUCAGAUGGUAGCAGCUCCUAUUCAGAAUGAGGAAACAUUCCACUGUCUAAACCUGCGAGUUAGUCUUAAGGAGUGGACUGCCGUCUAUCAGCUUUCUCCUGCCCAGGUUUGCGAUGCCAUUGACGGAGAUGCAGUGGUUCUUCUUCGAACGGAGGAUUUGUUCAACUUCUCUCAGCCCAUGACAAGGCCGCUCUUGACAUCCCUCUUUGUCCAGUCUUCACUGCAUGGCUGGAAGGUGAAGAUGGCAGAGAAUGUGGUGUUCUCGUCGUACCACCGCUCUUUAUUCAUGUCAGCCCAUAACCGGUGGAAGGCAGACAUCAACACAAAAGCAAGGCUGUCCCAACUCUUCAAAGACUUCGGCGUGAAGCAUGUGGUGCAGCCCAAUGGAAAGGAGCAGUGGUACGGCUGCAACAAAGAUACUCCUCGCUGUUUCAGGACGGUGCAUGAUGACACGCCUGAGUACCUAUAUGAAAACAGGUGGACUCCACCUUGUUGCCUCAAAGCCUUGCGCGAGACUACCAAGUAUGUCAUAAACAUCUUGGAGUCCUCUGGUGUCCGCUACUGGCUGGAGGGCGGAACUCUUCUGGGAGCAGUCCGUCACCAGGACAUCAUUCCAUGGGACUACGACGUGGACCUUGGGAUUUAUCUGGAUGAUGUGGAAAAUUGCGAAUUUCUAAGGAGCCUGGACUCUGGAUCGGUUGUGGACGAGAAUGGCUACGUGUGGGAAAAGGCAGUGGAAGGUGACUUCUACCGUGUGCAAUACAGCGAAAGCAACCACUUGCAUGUUGACUUGUGGCCUUUCUAUGCCAGAGAUGGAAUCAUGACCAAAAACACGUGGAUGGACCACAAACAGGACAUGGAGUUCCCAGAGCACUUUCUGAAACCACUGGUCCCCAUACAGUUUGCUGGAAUAACUGCACUUGCACCCAACAAUCACAGGCGCUUCCUAGAAUUGAAAUUUGGAGAGGGUGUCAUCGAAAAUCCUGAGUACCCAAACCCUGCCAGGAAAAAGUUAGAGAGGAAGGAUUAAAUGCAGAGGAUAUUAAUUAGCAAUAAGGACUGGUAGAAUCUUUUGAGACGUUAUAUCACAGAUAAUUAUUGUUCCACAUUUAUUUCUUCCUCCCCAUUUUCUCUCUUGAAGACACCGCAUCUUCCUGGGAGAUAGUUCCAGGAAUUAUGGUGGCAUUAUCUGGACCUUUUUGAUUUGGGGAUUCAGAUAGAGAUAGUGAGGAAAUGAGUGGAAGAUGGGAGACUUUUACUCCUUAAUAUCCGCACUCACUCACUUUCCAACAGGUAGUGCUGUAUCACUGCAGCAUCUGGAAACCUGGAUGGUCUUAUCCCCAACCUAACCUGACCUGACCACAGACAGAUUAAACAUGAGGCCUUUUGUCCUAGCUCCAGUGUUGCACCAUGUAGUCACAGAGUCAUCCACAGAAACAGAUCCUUCAGUUGAACCAGUCUACACCGACCAUAAUCCCAUACUAAACUAGUCCCACCUGCCUUCUCCUGGCCCAUAUGUCUCCAAACCUUUCCUAUUCACCUACUUAUCCAAAUGCCUUUUAAAUGUUAUAAUUGAACCCACAUCCACUACUUCCUCAGGAAGUUCAUUCCACAUGCCAACCACCCUCUGUGUAAAAAUUUGCCCCUCACGUAUUUUUAAAUCAACCUCCUCUCACCUUAAAAAUAUGUCCCUUAGUCUCGAAAUCCCCCAUGCUAGGGAAAAAAACAACUACCAUUAACCUAUCAAGCAAAGUUAGUAUGGGAAUAUCAUUCCUUUUAAUAUACAAUAGCUUUAAAUAUAUAUGAGAUGAAAGGAUGUAAAUUUUCUCAGGAGUGCUCAAACUUUGAGAGUACCGCUCAAACUCCUAAUUACAGAAUUAUAAAUCCAGUUGAUAUGAGAUCAAUUAAAUUAUCUGGAGUUAUGUGCAAGCAAAAUUUGAACUUUAAAAAUAUGCAGAGCACUAGAAGAUGCUCAGUGACUCUUCAGAACCUGAACUAAAACGUGAUCAAUGCCAUGUUUAAGUUAUUGAUAUAUUUUCUGAAAAAUCAUGUUGUGAAAUUCCAAUGAACUACGCCACUGCCAAUUUAAUAAACCUCCUAUCCAGGCCUCAGUUAUUCCUUUAGUUUAUAUACCAAUCCAAGCCUUUCUCAGCUCGGUCCUUUCAGGGUCAAAAUCCCAGACACAAAUUCUAGCUCAUCCAGUAGUUUAAGGCCGGUAUCUUAUCCGUGCUAUCAUCGUCAUUCUCCAAUCCUUAAUGUAUUAAUGCCAAACUAGCAGCUCCCACUAUGACCUCACCAUUUUCCACUGUUGCAAUCUUCAUGGUUCAGCAUUGUCAAUUUUGUCUGUGAGUUAGAAGUCACAAGCUGCACUCUGAACUUUGGAAUACAUGAUGUGUGUGGUCUGGUCUGCUCUCUCGGGUAGGUGUAAAAGUAACCGUGGCACUGCUGAAGAGACUGAACACUGAGAUUUGUUUCGGUCUUCCCCAAAGAAAACAUAAAUUUCCAAAAACCAAGGGAGGAAUUGAAGAAAAUUAGUAUUGGUGAAAUAAAAAUGGUGCUAGAGGAAUUAAUAGGACAAAAGGCUGAUAAUGGGGAAAGCAGUGGUGUCACUAAACUGAUAAUCCAGAACCCUAGGCUAAUGUUCCAUAGAAUCCACACAAUGUGGAAACAGGCUAUUCAGCCCAAUGAGUCCACACUGAUCCUCCAAAAAGCAUCCCCCCCAAACCCAUCCCUGUAACCUUGCAUUUCCCAUGGCUAAUGCACCUAACAUACACAUCCCUGAACACUAUGGGUAAUUUAGCAUGGUAAAGGUGAGGACUGCAGAUGCUAGAAAUCAGAGUCUAGAUUAGAGUGGUUCUGGAAAAGCACAGCAGGUCAGGCAGCAUUCGAGGAGCAGGAAAAUUGACGUUUCGGGCAAAAGCCCUAGCCCUUCGUCAGGAAUUUAGCAUAGCCAAUCCACCUAAACUGUGCAUCUUUGGACUGUGAGAGGAAACUGGACUACCCAGUAGAAACCCACACAGACAUGGGCCAAAUGUGCAUACUCCACACAGACAGUCGCCCAAGGCUGGAGUUGAACCCAGAUCCCUGCUCUUGUGAGGCAGCAAUGCUAACCACUGAGCCACCAUGCCACCCUUGUUCUGGGGCUUUAUGUUCAAAUCUAACGUGGCAAAUGGUGAAAUUUGAAUUCAAUACAAAUCUGGAAUAAAAAUGCUAGUCUGAACUCUAUUAUCAUAAGAACUCAUCUGGUUCAUUAAAGUU